AUGGUAUCAUUUGCUCUGACACCUAGGAUACCAGCACCCGGCGAACCGCCAGCCCGUUACAGAGUUCUCCAAACGAGCGCUGAAUGCCACACAAUUGGAGCUGUCCUCGUCAUCGCCUAUCAGAAUCAGCUUCUAACUCCAAACCUCGUGGUCUCUUGGCCAGGAACGCCUGAGGCCGGUCCACGUUCUCAGCUUGAGUCCAACAUCGGCGCCAGUACACCCAAUGGAUAUGGCAGUAUACCCGUCGAAUCUGAAGAUCAUGUCAAAGCAAUGGCAGUCAACUGUCCUAAGGAGACUGGAGGAGGCAAUCCCUGUAAUGAUAGCUCUAAGUCCCAUGGAGGACGUCUGGAUAUCCAGUGA